AUGAAGAUAUUUCUCAAAACUAUAACCGGAAAGAUGCAAGAUCUGGAUGUUUCGGCGACCACUACAAUUCUUGAUAUCAAAAAGACCUUAGAAUCAGAGUACGAUAUCAGCACGCUUCGAUUAUGCUACAAAGGCGCUAUUCUUGCUGACACGGUAACUGUUGAGGACGCUAAAAUGGCUGAAAACGCCACACUUAUCAUCACAGGAAAGAAGUGCAGCAUCCCCAAACCUCCACAGCCCUCUUCGCCGACCACAAGCGGGACCAUCCCGUCCGCAAGUGCUGACCCCACGACGCACCCCGGGGUUUCCCCUGAGGUGCAACCCUCCCCUCAACCAAUCCCGGAGCCCCGUGCGGCGACGGCCGCCGUGGCGCCCACCCCCCUGCCCCCUGCUCGUGUGAAUCCGGAUUCCACCAGCGACGUCAGCAGCGGCUUGAUUGACGGUAUCGUCGCGAUGGGCUUUGAGGACCGCGCCCAGGUCUCCCUGGCGUUGCGCGCCGCCUUCAUGAACCCGGACCGCGCCGUGGAGUACCUCUGCACGGGCAUCCCGCCCAACCUGCUCCGAGAGCUCAGCCAUCCCACUCAACCGGUGGCGGAUCCCGCCACGACUCCAACCCCGACGUCGGUCGCGGCAACACGAUCUAGCAAUGUGCUCAGGGCCGUUUCGAGUGUGCAACCCGCGCCUGGUGCAUCCGAAUUGCGCACUGCCCUGUGGACGAUUCCACAGUUCGAAAACAUCCGCGCCGUUUUCCAGAGCAACCAGGCGAGUUUUCCAGUAGUGAUAGAACAAAUUAGAGAUCGCUAUCCAAAUAUUUUUCAGCUUAUCGAAGCAAAUCAAGAAGAAUUUCUGCAAGUGAUGAACGAAACAGCCGGCCAACCUGGGAAUCCCAUGACAACGGGCGCCAGUGGCAAUAUUACGGACACCGUUCCUGUAGAGUUGCAGCUCACUGCCUCGGAUCAAGCGGCUGUCCAGCAACUUGUGGAGCUUGGUGCAGGAAUGUGGGAUGAACAGAGCGCUCUGAUGGUCUACCUCGCUACGCAAAGAAAUCAAGAAAUAGCAGCGAAUGUCCUCUUCGAGAAUGGGGGCAUUCCACCCAAUUUACUGGAGCAGUUCGCUGCAGAUCUGCGACACCUAGGCGAUGAGGACAAUGAUGAACCCGGUGAUAUGGAAGAGGAACCAAAGUAA